GUUUCCUUCACAGCUGAGGUCAAGCUGUCAUAAGUCGCCGACUCGCAAGCCCGACAAAACGGUCUAAAACAUGAAGAUCUGGACCUCCGAACACAUAUUCAAGUGAGUAAUUUAUUAAUUUAAUUAACAAUGAUUUAGAAAGUGUUCAUUUUAAAUACGCUUGAUAUUGCGUUAUAUAGCUGGCUUAUUUAAGUUUGUAGCUAGCUAGCAGCCACCGUUAGCUCUUUGACUUUAGCCAGCUAGCCUGCUGCCAUUACAAGUCAAUGAGUGUUAGUUAGAGCAGCUAACGUUAUAGCUAGCAAGCAACACAUCAAACUCUGUCCAUUGCUGUAGCUAACUAUUGUUGAAAUCGAUGGCUUCUACGAAUGGCUAUCGAGAAAACAGCUAGCCUUAAUUGUACCAUUAACGUUACUGAACAGGAUUUUUAACUAACCAGACGAAUAAUACUAGCUAGCUAACGCUGCAAGUUAGCAACAUUACAAGUAACUAACUAACUAUGUCAAUGCAUUCCAGCCGAAGUAUCCAGUGGUCGAACUUGCUAACUGUCAGAAUGUCACGGGAUUUGGGUGAUUGGCCUGUACUUGUGUAAAGUCAUACGAAUUCAUUAUGUUCUCGUAACCUGCUAUGAAAAAGUCAGCUACGACCGGAAGUGAAUCGAAAUGUCGUUAAAGGUGUGUUUCUCAUUACGUAACAGUCACUGAUGUAUAAUGAGAACAGCAACAAUCCAAGCCAACAUGGAAGGAAAGCUAAAACAUGGCAACAGUAAACAUGUCGUACCCCGCAAGUGAUGUAGCCCUUGGCCCAAUUGAGAUAUAGUGUGAUAUAGCCCCGUGUAGCUCAGUUGGUAGAGCAUGGCGUUUGCAACGCCAGGGUUGUGGGUUCGAUUCCCACGGGGGGCAGUAUGAAAAAUGUAUGCACUCACUAACUGCAAGUCGCUCUGGAUAAGAGCAUCUGCUAAAUGACUAACAUUUAAAUUAAUUACUAGCUCCCACCAAUCGGUGUAAUUGUGUAUUUGCCGGAUCUCUGGCUAGACGCAUCGUUCACCCAAGUUUCCUAAAUUGUCCCAGUGCUGUCUGAAAACGCAGAGACCAGGCUUUGUUGAAUUCAGCUCCGACUACAUCGAUUCGCCCAAGGUCAAUACUUCAAAAAAAUGGAAAUUAUUUAAGGCUUACCUUGUACAUAUGUUUAUCCUCUCUAGUUGCGUGUCUUUCUUUGAUUGCUGAAAUCCAUACUUUUUAAAAUAAACAUUCAUCAAAUACAACCACUGACUGUCAUCAUUGCUGUUGCUCUAAGAUGGCAACUCAGCGCAAAUGCGCAUGUGCCAAUUGAAUCUCAACAAGGAAACAGUCGAUGGUUGUAUUUGGUUAACGUUUAUUGAUAAAGUAUGGAUUUCAGCAAAGAAAGGCACGCAACUACAGAGGACAAACAUGGGUACAAGGUUAACGUUUCAUUUUUUUAUUUGUCUUUUUGGAAGUAUUGACCUUGGGCUAAUCAAUCUAGUCAGAACUGAAUUCCCCAAAGCCUGGUCUCUGCUCCACUCCAUUGUUGGAGUUCAUCAGUAACUUCCUUCACCGUGCAGUUUAGUCAGAUAAAAAAUGUCAGGACAGGUUUUCAAAUGAGUUCAUUUUGGUGCAUGCCAGGAUGUCCGCAUGAUAACAUUAUGAUAUGCACACAUUAUGAUAGUAUUACAGUAAUAUUGAUUUCCUGUGUUGUCCCCCCACAGCCACCCAUGGGAGACGGUGACCAAGGCGGCAAUGCAGAAGUACCCCAACCCGAUGAACCCUGGCGUGGUAGGGGUGGAUGUGUUGAACAGACACGUGGACACACAGGGCCGGCUAUACAGCAACAGACUGCUCAGCACAGAAUGGGGACUUCCCUCCUUGGCCAAGACUGUAAGUCCUCAGCACACUGGAUGCCUGUCUCCAAUAUUGCCACUGAUACGAUUCUCCUGAAAAGUGCAUUGCAGGUCACCAGUCCCAAUGCAGAUACAUUGUCUUUUAACUGCUGUAGAUAUCGAUGUACUUUACUUUGCUGCACACACAACAAUCCAAAUCCAUUGCAUUUAUCAGAAGUUGACUGUACAAAUGUUGACAAAUUCAAUCAGAGCAGUUAGGUUUAGUUCAGGGGCUAAGUCGGUAUGUGUAGGCUUGCUGUUAGACUAGCCAAAAUAUUGAAUGAUGCUCAUUCUGGGGAAGUGGGUAAUGCUCAGAACAGUUCGCUAUCUUUACAGCUCUGUGGUAAUUACAUGAUUGGGCACUGCCAUGACCUCAGCUCUGCUACUUUACUGAAGGCUGUCUCAGCUAGAAGGCCCACUGGUGUUGUGUAAUCAAGACAGCAUGAAGUUGUUGGGUAAAUGUUUCUCAAACCUUGAAACUUGUAAGUCAACAUAUCUGAGGAUGUAUUGUUUUGUCAGUGAUGUCAAACAUAUCACUGACAGUGAUGUCAUUGUCUUUUAUCCCAGCUCAUUGGUAUAACACGAACAAACACAUACAUCCAGGAACAUUCGGUGGUGGACCCCAAGAAAAAAACCUUUGAGCUGCAAUCUACAAAUGUGAGUUCACAUGUGUUGUCGGAUGUAUACUGAACAAAAAUAUAAACGCAACAUGCAACAAUUCCAAAGAUUUUACUGAGUUACAGUUGAUAUAAGGAAAUCAGUCAAUUGAAAUAAAAUCAUUAGGCCUUAAUCUAUGGAUUUCACAUGACUGGGAAUACAGAUAUGCAUCUGUUGGUCACAUAUAUCUUUAAAAAAGGUAGGGGCAUGGAUCAGAAAACCAGUCCGUAUCUGGUGUUUCCACCAUUUGCCUCAUGCAGCGCAACACAUCUCCUUCGCAUAAAGUUGAUUAGACUGUUGAUUGUGGCCUGUGUAAUCUUGUCCCACUCUUCAAUGAUUGUGCGAAGUUGCUGGAUAUUGGCAGGAACUUGAACACGCUGUUGUACAUGUCGAUCCAGAGCAUCCCAAACAUGCUCAAUUGGUGACAUGUCUGGUGAGUAUGCAGGCCAUGGAAGAACUGGGACAUUUACAGCUUCCAGGAAUUGUGUACAGAUCCUUGCGACAUUGGGCCGUGCAUUAUCAUGCUGAAACAUGAGGCGAUGGCGGCGGAUGAAUGGCACGACAAUAGGCCUCAGGAUCUUCUCACGGUAUCUCUGUGCAUUCAAAUUGCCAUCGAUAAAAUGCAAUUGUGUUUGUUGUCCAUCGCUUACGCCUACCCAUACCAUAACCCCACCGCCACCAUGUGGCAUUCUGUUCACAAUGUUGAUAUCAGCAAACCACUCGCCCAUACGACGCCAUACACGCCGUCUGCCAUCUGCCCGGUAGAGUUGAAAUCGGGAUUCAUCCGUGAAGAGCACUUUUCUCCAGCAUACCAGUGGCCAUCGAAGGUGAGCAUUUGCCCAUUGAGGUCGGUUACGACGCCGAACUGCAGGCAGGUCAAGACCCUGGUGAGGACAACGAUCAUGCAGAUGAGAUUCCCUGAUACGGUUUCUGACAGUUUGUGCAGAAAUCCUUCGGUUGUGCAAAUCCACAGUUUCAUCAGCUGUCCGGGUGGCUGGUCUCAAGAUGAUCCCGCAGGUGAAGAAGCCAGAUGUGGAGGUCCUAGGCUGGCGUGGUUACACAUGGUCUGCGGUUGCGAGGCCGGUUGGACGUACUGCCAAAUUCUCUAAAAUGACAUUGAGUGAAGCUGAUGACAGAGAAAUUUACAUUCAAUGAUCUGGCAUUCAAUUCUCUGGCAACAGCUCUGGUGGACAUUCCUGCAGUCAGCAUGCCAAUUGCACACUCCCUCAACUUGAGACAUAUGUGGCAUUGUGUUGUGUGACACAACUGAUUUCAGACUGGCCUUUUAUUGUCCCCAGCACAAUGUGCACCUGUGUAAUGAAAAUGCUGUUUAAUCAGCUUCUUGAUAUGCAACACCUGUCAGGUGGAUGGAUGAUAUUGGCAAAGGAGAAAUGCUCACUAACAGGGAUGUAAACAAAUUUGUGCAAAACAUUUGAGAGAAAUAAGCUUUUUGUGCCUAUGGAACAUUUCUGUGAUCUUUUAUUUCAGCUCAUGGGACCAACACUUUACAUGUUGCAUUUAUAUCUUUGUAAAGUGUACAUUUGUGGAUAGUGUAGCUAACUCCACCUUUCAGCCCUAUAAACUGACAUUGAUGCACUUUCCUCUGCUUUCAGAUUUCAUGUACUAACAUAGUAUCUGUGGACGAGAAGUUAACAUACAGGCCGCAUCCGCAGGAUCCCGAAAAGUAAGUAAUUUUUUGUUGUUGUUGAUGGUUUGAUUUAAAGGUUAAAUACAGCAGAAUUCAUAAAUAGGUUUUAGUUUCACAGCUUAGUUUUUUCUUCUUCUGUUUAUCCUUAUGUUUAGGACCAUACUGACACAAGAGGCACUUAUCUCUGUAAAAGGAAUUAGUCUGAGCAGUUACCUAGAGGGGCUCAUGGCCAAAACCAUCUCAGCAAACGCAGGCAAAGUAAGUCCUCACUUUACACCUGCAGCCUGGAUGGAAUAUUUGAGUGGAAAUAGUAUGAGAUAAAACAAGCUUAUCCAUGUAUGGCCAUGUUCAGCCCAUCACUUCCCCAUUUGUGUUGUGUUCAGGGACGAGAGGCGAUGGAGUGGGUCAUCAGGCGGUUAAACACUGAGAUCGAGGAGCUGGCAGCAACGGCACAAGCCACAAUCCGCAUCCCCAUGGCAGCCGCAGUCACAGAGAAAUGAUCAACCGCCAUCUCAAUGGACCUCAGACAUUUCCCCUGAAAAGGGAGACCACCCCCCCUAAUCUUCCAGCACAGCCGCCUCCUGUAUUGGCCCACUGUUUUUCUGUCACAAGAACGCAUCCUUCCCUCAGCGGACUGCCCAUACAAGCAGGGUGCACGCUGUUCGGUACACAGAGUGAAGCUGAUGACAGCAUGCAGCGUUCGUAACCAAGUGGGAGGUGGGAAUUUACCAGUUGUGAGGUCUUAAAUACAUUUACAU